AUCAAAUGCCGUUACGUGUACAUAAUGCCUCAAUACCUUUGGUUCUAGUGUGCGGAACGUGACUUAGAAACUAAUCUGUGGCCCUGUGUGGGCUCAUAAUAUUUUGUAAAAAUACAUGGACAAGGACUACAGUCUUCAUGACCGUGGGGGCUACACAUUACGAUCAUUGUGGCUGAGAGAACCGCGUAUAACGUGUUGGAAGUGCCAGGCCUCUCGAGCAUGGGUCAAUCAAGACCCUAGCUCAGUGACAGAUCAGGCCAACAGGAAUCGAAAACGUGCCCGAUGCCAUUCCUCCGCUGCCACUGAUACCCGUAUGAUGUCUCAUCAUGAAAUGUGACAAGUGCGGAGUGAAUAAACUCUCCAACGAAUUUCCACCAAGGGCCCUGUCUGACUCCUGCGAACACGCUGCCCUCCACUGCAUCAGAUGUGUUUUGAGUCAUGUGGAACAACAUGGCAAGUGUUCCCAAUGCGAAAGCCAAGUAAGUCAAGACUCCACACGUCUUAGACGAUGCUACAACCAACUGAAGGCACUGUUUCCGGUGUACGAACCAACAUGCGUCCCUCCACCAGAAACGACGACCGGUCAGAAAGACUACGUGAGUGUGGCCAUGCUGAACGGCGACAACACUAACGUCCAACUCAAGCCGUCCAUGACCGUUGCAAGAUUGAGAGAGAUAGUCAAAGAAAAUCUCGGCGUACCAACCCAGAGUCAACAGCUGAUUUACAAUGGUACAGAAAUGAAGGAAUUCACAGAUGACAAGGCAGCUGCCACCCUCGGCCACUACAAGGUGUUACCCACAACGACCAUCUACGUCAGACGCCUCUUGUUCUCGGCCCCCGAAAACAACCUGAACAAGGUGGUGUUCGACCUGCACUGGGGCUACCCGUCAACUGGCAGGGACUUCCUAGAUGCAACGGCCAUAAUCUUCAGCGGCACAGAACUCAUCGAUUACCUGGAUUACAGGAAAUUGUCGCACGAAUCACUGCGACAUUCGGGCGACCGCAUGGACGACAGGGCCAGGACCGGUCACCACUUCAUGAACGUAGACUUGCAACAAGUACCCAGCUCUUUCACGCAUAUUUUCUUCACUCUCAGUUCCUGGCAGUCACCUACUAUCGCCAAGUUCCCCAACCCGAGCCUGAGGUUUUAUGAAGAGUCAGACCCGGACACGAUGCUGUGCGAGGACACUAUCACCAGGGUCAAUCACUCCCAGGCGAUAGUGAUGUGUUGGCUGUCCAGGAACAAAGGAAAAUGGUGCGUGUAUAGUGCUGGCAGGGCCUCGAACGGAAACUCCGAAGACUAUGAACCUCUGUAUGAAACAAUCACUGACAUCAUCGCCAAUGGGUUGUAGCAACAAUCUCAACCACACCAAGACUGCUAAAAUAGACAUAAAGAAAAUAGCAUGGCACGAUUUGUCUUUUUAAAACGUAUUCUUUAAUGAAAAGGUACUAUUAAUAGGUAUUAUUGCACUCCCAAAAACAUGAACAAAGUAUCUACCCUCCCAAAGAGGAGAUUUUAAGAAGUGACUUAAUUAAAGUGGUUAGCAAGAUCCACGAUUUGAUGUUUUGUAAUUUAGUGCCUCCGUUCAUUGUCAUUCUUGUAUGAUGUGAUAUCUGGACAAGAAUCAGCAUCAAACGCCGAUUUAGCACAAAAUGUAACAGCAAAAAUAAUAAAUUUAGCAUGCGUUGUAAUGUGUACAUUAGCUUGUGCUCAGAUUCAGUGCAAAUGGAUAGUAAAGCGUGAUCAGCGUGGUACACAAGACAAAAGCAGGAAAUGGAUUGAUGUUUUACAUUCAUUUAAUACAUUUUGAUAAACCCUCACAAUACGCAGAAAAAAUCGUGUGGCUUUCAAGGGGUUGUAUGCUUCCAAAAUGUUGAGGAGACUAGAUAGUGAUCAUGCUGUUGAAAUUAAAGGUGAUCAUGUAGGAUAAUUGUUUUUUUUUCCUUUGUAAUACAUUCACAGUAGAUUUACACGUAUUUCACAUAAUUUGACACAUUUUAAUUAAAGUCUCCAGGAGUUUUGUCA